AUGGCCAAGGUGUGGUGUGACUCUGGCCACAUGGCCAAGGUGUGGUGUGGCUCUGGCCACAUGGCCAUGGUUAAUGAGCUGAGGUUGGCACCACGACCAUUAGACCAGCUGAGGUUGGCACCAGGACCAUUAGACCAGCUGAGGUUGGCACCACGACCAUUAGACCAGCUGAGGUUGGCACCACGACCAUUAGACCAGCUGAGGUUGACACCAGGACCAUUACACCAGCUGAGGUUGGCACCACGACCAUUAGACCAGCUGAGGUUGGCACCACGACCAUUAGACCAGCUGAGGUUGGCACCAGGACCAUUAGACCAGCUGUGGUUGGCACCAGGACCAUUAGACCAGCUGAGGUUGGCACCACGACCAUUAGACCAGCUGAGGUUGGCACCAGGACCAUUACACCAGCUGAGGUUGGCACCACGACCAUUAGACCAGCUGAGGUUGGCACCACGACCAUUAGACCAGCUGAGGUUGGCACCACGACCAUUAGACCAGCUGUGGUUGGCACCACGACCAUUAGACCAGCUGAGGUUGGCACCACGACCAUUAGACCAGCUGAGGUUGGCACCACGACCAUUAGACCAGCUGAGGUUGGCACCAGGACCAUUACACCAGCUGAGGUUGGCACCACGACCAUUAGACCAGCUGUGGUUGGCACCAGGACCAUUAGACCAGCUGAGGUUGGCACCACGGCCAUUAGACCAGCUGAGGUUGACACCACGACCAUUAGACCAGCUGAGGUUGGCACCACGACCAUUAGACCAGCUGAGCAACACCAACGGAUUUCAGGAGAUUAGAUUGUUACGGAGCAAGAUUUAUGGAGGCAGUUGGCUAUUGAGACAAGGUGUUGGGGUGCUGGAGGUGUAG